AUGGAUCUCCUCCAUAGUAAUGGAGUGCUCAUAAUUCAACAUUUGCAGAAGGAUUACAGGUCUUACCAGAGUUUUUUAAAUUUCAUGUCACACGUCGGAGAUCCUCGGAAUAUUUUUUUAAUUUAUUUUCCUCUCUGGUUCCAGCUGAAUCCAGUGGUUGGUACAAAAAUGAUAUGGGUGGCAGUGAUCGGUGAUUGGUUCAAUCUUAUAUUUAAAUGGAUUUUAUUUGGUCACCGUCCAUACUGGUGGGUUCAAGAAACAAUGAUUUAUCCAAACCAAUCAAUCCCAUGUCUCGAGCAAUUUCCUAUAACAUGUGAAACAGGACCAGGAAGCCCCUCAGGACACGCCAUGGGAUCCUCGUGCAUCUGGUAUGUAAUGGUGUCGGCAGUCCUCAGCUAUAGAUCGAGACAGAAAGAUAGAUCGACUAUUACUCUGCAUAGACUUGCUUGGCCUUUCUUAUGGAGCAUCUUCUGGCUUAUUCAGAUCGGUGUAUGUGUCUCAAGAGUAUUUAUUGCAACCCAUUUCCCCCAUCAAGUCAUCCUUGGAGUCAUUGCUGGCAUGUUUGUGGCGGAAGCGUUUGAGCAUACACCAUCCAUUCAGACAGCAAGUCUAAAAACAUACAUCAAGACAAACGUGUUCCUCUUCUUUUCCGCUCUUGGCUUUUACUUGGUUCUCAAGCUUAUUGAUAUUGAUCUUCUGUGGUCUGUUCCCAAGGCAAAAAAAUGGUGUGCGAAUCCAGAGUGGGUCAAUAUUGACACGACGCCGUUUGCGGGCCUGGUGAGAAAUUUAGGUGCCCUCUUCGGACUAGGCCUCAGCAUUCAUUCGGAAAUGUUUGUCACGAGUUGUAAAGUUCAAUGUGGCCACCAGGGUAGUUUCAGAAUAUCGUGCAUAGCGGCUUCUUUAGCUAUACUACAGCUGUAUGAUUUUAUUAAGAUCCCUACCCACACUGAGUAUUUGUUUUACAUCCUCUCGUUCUGUAAAAGUGCAGCUGUCCCUCUCACUGUGGUGGCUUUGGUUCCAUAUUGCAUACAUGCGAUAAUGAAGUCAGCUGAAAAAAAAACUUCCAUGGAAGUCAUGGAUAAUUUUGACAUGGAGAACCUGGGGCCCUCAAAAUUAUGCUGCGACUGA